AAUUAUUUCAUGACACUCGCGAGUGUUUGUUUGUGAUUGUUUGAAAAGUUGUUGGAUUUGGAAAAUUAUUUGCUUCGUAUAGCUGGCGCAAAAAAAAAGCCUACCGCAGCUAAAUAAAAUCUUCUAAAAUCUACGCCAGCACCACCGUUUGCGCGUUUGUCAGCCGCUUUCGAAAUGGGUCCCACCAAAAUGACACCGGAGGACCAGCAGUUCAACAUCAACUUUGUCGCCGAAGUGGAGAAGCACCCGUGCCUGUUCGAUAGCAACAGCACGGAGUACAAACAGGCCCAGGUUCAGGAUAAGGCUUGGGUUGCGGUUUCCGCGAGCGUCGGCGAGGGCGUUGAUUUGUGCAAAAAGCGCUGGAGGAACCUGAGAUGUUGCAUGACGCGGUACUUGAAGUCGGUUCGGGACAAUAUCGAUAGCGCGGCUAACCUGAGGAGGAAACCGUACUAUUUGUACAAUCAUAUGCAAUUUGUUGUACCUUACUUGAAGAUGAAAGAUGGUGAUACUGCUACGUAUGAAUCGGAGGACUCGGCAUGGAUCAAGAAUAACAAUAGCGGCGAUAUGGGGGAUAUGCUUAAGCCAGAGGAAGAGGUCGAGGAGGAAGAGGAUCACGAAAUUGAAACAAUUGACGUUCAGGAAGAAGAUCACCAACAGAUCAAGCAAAGUAUAAUCCAGUCGAUUAAGAUACUUCCUAUGGGCCAGGAAAGCCAGACCCAGGAGACGACCACCACGUAUGAAAUCAUCGAAGCAACUCCUUCCAAACAAGCGCGUCUUGAAGCCGUGCAUGUCACGCCGGAGUCCACUUCCAAGUCACAGUCACAGCACCAGUCUACGCCGCAUAUAAUCAAGACGAAAGCGGACGGCAACGUCAAGCACUACACCUACGCAACAGUAACGGCGGCCCCGCAAACGACUGCAAGCACCAUGUACACUUCUACUCCCACAAUCACGGGUCAGUACACGCUACAGCAAGCGCCCAGCUCCAGCUCCAAUCAUCAGCGGCAACAGUCGUUGUCGUCUUCGGUGCAGCAGCAGCAGCUAGCCGCCAAUGCCGCGGCCGAUGCGGACAACAACUUCUUCAAGAGUCUCAUUCCCGACAUCCAGUCGAUGAGCAUGGACCAGAAGCGGAAGCUGAAGAUUGGCAUUCUGCGGCUGAUCGACGAGAUACUGAGCACAACGUAAAAUGCGGGCGGCUUCGGGAUGAGGCCGGCGCGCUGAGAUUCGCGUAUUGUACAAUGAUGUCAUGUUGGAGCGUCGUUAGUUUAGUAGUGCUUCUUGGCUCUUCUUUUUUUUUCUCUUCUGAGAAUAGGUAUGAUUUUCGUUGUAGUUUGCGUCAAUUUUUAUUUUUUUUUCUUAUUAACUAGUAGGUACUAAAAAGUUUAGUAGAAGUAGCAAUUUUCUGCCGCAAAAUAUUUUCCUUUUCAAAA